AAGCGACAAGUGGUGGAAGUUGGAACAUGGCGGUGCAGCAGAACAGCGCUGGCGCCAAACGUGGCCUUCUUGGCGUGCAUGGCGUGCUAUCGAACGGUAGUGAUCCCCUAUGGACGCAGCAGAGAGAAUCCCUCCCAGCUUCGAAAAGGAAGGCAACAAUUGCCACUGCCAUUUUUCCCACACAGACGUUCUUGUUUGGAGGAACAGAGCAGCGUGAUCUUCGCGAAGCUGGGAAUUUCAGGGGGAAGGUCAGUCGGACAGGUAGGGACAAAAGGUAUCAUUCGACUUGUCAAGAAAGAUGGCUGAUCAGAAAGCGAGCGGCUCCAAGGGGGAAAAUGGAGAGGAAGCCAGGUUGACGAAGCAAGAUCUUGUUGACUUCUUCAAAAAGGCGUGCACUCCAAGGGACCAGUGGCGGAUUGGGACCGAGCAUGAGAAGAUUGGUUUCCGGGUCAGCGACAAGAAGCGUCUGACCUACGAGGAGAUCCGCACCAUUCUGGGAAAGCUAGCGGAUAAGUUUGGGUGGGAGCGGUCGUUUGAACAUGGCAACCUGCUCGCGCUCAAGCAGAACGGUGCCAGCAUCACGUUGGAACCUGGGGGCCAGCUCGAGUUGAGUGGUGCGCCGUUCAAGACGUUGCAUGAGACGCUUGAGGAGGUUAACAACCACAUCAGUCAGGUUAAGGCAGUCUGCAAGGAGCUCGGCGCAGGUUUCUUGACCCUAGGCUUCGAUCCGAAGUGGACGUCAUCUCCGACUAUUCCCAAGGAGCGGCACAUCCUGGCCAGUGACCUCAUCUCACAGAAGGGGGAGCACGGACAUGACGUCAUGUAUCGCACGUGCACGGUCCAGGUGAACCUCGAUUAUGAGUCGGAGCAGGACAUGGUGAACAAGAUGCGCGUCGGUCUGGCGCUGCAACCGAUUGCCACAGCGCUUUUCGCCAACUCGCCGUUUUACGAAGGGAAGCCCAGCGGGUUCGUGAGCUACCGCAGCAUCACGUGGACCGACACCGACCCGGACCGCACCGGAAUGCUGCCGUUCGUGUUCGACGACGACUUUGGGUUUGAGAAAUUUGUAGACUGGGCGCUCGACGUGCCCAUGUACUACGUCCAGAAUGGGAAGGAGUACGUCAAGGCCCUGGGACUGGAUUUCAAGGACUUCAUGGCUGGCAAGCUCGAGCCCCUCCCUGGAAAGUACCCAACUAUGGCGGACUGGUUGAACCAGCUCAACAGCAUACUGUCGGAGGUGCGGCUAAAGAACAUCGUCGAGAUGCGGGGCUCGGACAACGGCCCGCCCGAGCACAUCACUGCGCAGUCCGCUCUCUGGGUUGGUCUCCUCUAUGAUGACAAGUCGCUCCAGGCCGCGCUCCAGCUCAUCAAGGAUUGGACCGCAGAGGAGCGCGAUGCGCUGCGCAACAACGUGCCAAGGACCGGGUUGAAGACGGUGUUUCGAGGCACGACCGUUCAAGACGUUGCGCAAAAGGUCGUGCAGCUCGCCAAAGAGGGCCUUGAGAGGCGGGGUCUGAAGGAAGAGAAGUACGUUGAGAUGCUGGAAGACAUUGCGCGCACAGGCAUGUGCCCUGCCGACAAGCUCCUCGACAAGUACCACAACGAGUGGGGCCAGAAUGUAGACAAGGUGUACAGUGAGCACUGCUACUAACCGGAUCGUCCCGACCAAUGCACGCGCUUUCGCCAUUUGUUGUUAAUACAUCCUAGAGUUGAUGUUUAGAUUCUGUAGCAAUAAGCUGUUGAUAGCAAGAUGGACCGGAAGGGCCCGACAUCCAGCUGGCCGCUCUGGUCAACGUCAAAUUCGCUAAUCCGAAGAGACUAAUCACGUCAUUUGUUCGGUUGCUGAUUUUGGAAGAGGUGUACGACUGUUCGAGCAACUCUCGACUCAAAAGUAGGAAUCUGAUAUGCGCUGCCUUUGCAGAAACUAUGCGUUGCUAAUCAUAGGGCUUAGAAACUUGAAAGUGCUGCGGCUCUGCAUCUUGCCAUAGCUGGGCUCCGGCUCCCACUUUUGACCGCCGUGGCGAUGGUUGCAAACAUAGAGUUGCAUGUGAUCCUUCUCGUCUCAAUCAGGG